AUGGGUUCACAUGAUAAGAGAAAAAUAUCCAUUGAUAUUACUCUUCAGUUAAUACUAGUGCAAUUUAUUUUCAUCGUCUCGAUGACGUGCCCAAGCCAGUCGUCCAUGUCCAGAAGAGUCGAUCUCGUUCGGUUCCGGAAUAGAUCGUCCCGCGUGUCCGACGUGAAACGUCGCGCAAAUAACGUAUGGAAGAACGUUUUGGACGACAUUUGCGAUCAGUGUUCGUUGCACGGCCUAAACCACAUCAUCCGGAACGAUCGGAGCACCGUAGAAAAAGCGUUUUGGACGAUGACUGUCAUGUGCGCCGUCUUGUUCGCCACUUACGCAAUCGUCGAGUCGUGGAAGACGUACAACAAGAGUUCGAUCGACACGGUGGUCGAGACGACUUUUUUAAGCUACGCAAAAAUAGCGUUUCCGAUGGUGGUGAUAUGUGACAGUUCUAGGGUGGAUUGGGAACGCGUAAUGCGAUUAACGCCAAGAGACGUGCCGGGGACUGAUCCAGACCUGUUGCCCGCCGUGAGGAAAGUGUUGAAAACGUUCUCGGUGAUGUCUUACGGAGAUUUCGACGAUUUCGACGAGUUAUGGAAUGUGACGGAACUUUCAAAGCUCAACCAUCUGAACCUAACCGCACUAUUAUUGAAGGUGAUGAGGCCGUGUAAUGAAGUGUUUUGCUGUGGAGGUUGUUGGUGGAAAUUCAAACAGGUCAAUUGUUGCGACAUAUUCGAGUUGCAGCGCACCGAAUUCGGCCUUUGCCAUUCGUUCAAUUCUGAUUUCUCAGAGUACGGCAGAGUGAGAGUGGGUGUGACCUCAGGUCUUAUCGGGACGUUUUGGCAAACUGAGUCCGGCGAAUUCCGACCUAGGACGACCGACAAUAAGGGCCAGUGGUCGGGCGUCAGAAUGUACAUUUCGACAAUGUCACCGGAACAAGUAGCUCCUAAUGUAAACGCCAAACCGUCAAUCCGGAUAUUGAUGGGUGAACCCAAAGGCGCUCCACUCGGCUCGGACAUGGUCGUGAUGGCUGGGAACUUCGGGAACAUAAAUGUGUGGGGAGAUCGGAUAUACAACACGCAUAGGACCAAGAGACUGAGCCCGAAGCAGAGAAACUGUUACUUCGGCGAUGAAAGCCCAACCGGGAUGGGCACGAAUUAUUACCUGAGACGAAAUUGCAGAAUGGCUUGUUAUAUGUUCCACAUGGUUAAUGAAUGUGGCUGUUAUCUGGAGGCCAUGUUCGGCCUCAUGAAAAAAAACGACUCGUUGCGGCCUUGUAACGCGGAGGAUUUAUUGUGUCUGUCCAAGAAUAACCAACAUUUUAACAAUUACAUACCAUUCGUUCAGACGUCAUUUUUCACGAAAGAUAAGCCCGGAUUAAAAUGCGAAUGCAUGCCGGAUUGCGUCCACCAAAUGUACAUACCCGAACUGACCAUUGCCGAACAGACCGUUUCGUCAAUGGAGAAUUCCUCUUCUUCGAUACUCAUUGAUUUACACUUUAAACAGAGCGCGUGCAUACUGUACAGAUCGGACUUGAUCCUCGGAUGGCUCGACUUGUUAGUGUCAUUUGGCGGUUGUGCUGGUCUGUUCCUUGGCGGUUCGCUGUUAAGUUUUAUUGAACUGAUAUAUUUCUUGACAUGGAGGGUUUACUAUCAUUGGCGCCGGACGCCACCAAAAUCGGUUAAAUCCAAAAGAAAUAAAAAAGGAAAAGGACAUCGAAUCGUAAGGGACACUUGGACAAUGGACGAUUUCGCGAUCAGUAAAACGUGGAUGCCAUAAUUUCUUCCAAGUGUAAUUUUAGUAGUAUUAACUUAUAAGUUAUAGUUAUCUACAUUUAG